UGUUUGCGCAGGUCCUGUCAUGACACGACCCUAGCUGCCUUGGCCACACAUCUCGGCCUCGAGCUUCCGACGAUCGGAUUCGGGGCCUUCCUGCUCUUCGAGCUUCAUUCCACAAAGGAGGAGGGGCACUACGUGAAGGUCUACUUCAACGACAGCCCCGCCCUGGGCCCCCCCUCCUACGCUGCCUUGAGGCCAAUCAAGUUGCCGUUGGAUGAGACCAAGCUUGUCCCAGUUGACAGCUGCGAGCAAGGGAGCAUCUCCCUCCAAGCGCUGUAUCUUCAUGGUGACAUCCCGCUGAUCGAAGAUACCUUCCAAACCUUCUUGGAGCUGUGCAACACUGCUUCUUCACAGCCAACCCGUCGAGCCUUCAAGAAGCUCUUCCAAGGAGGCCACUACAAGUGGAUCACACUUCCGCAGUGGCGUGAGCGCUACUCGCAGGAUUGGGGUGUAGAAGCUUGGCUUCUGGCUGUGUAUGCAGAGGCCUUUGGCUACUUCGAUAAGGACAACGAUGGAGCGCUCAGUCGAGAGGAGGUCCUGGGAGCCCUUGCAGAGUGGGGCUACAGCGUAUCCAAGGAGACCGUGGACACACUGUUCUUGCUGGUAGACGCGGACCCGGACACUGCAAAGCUUGAUGAAGAGGGCCUUUACUUGACUAUGGCGGCCCUGGUUGGGAUACGUGGAGGACUCCAUGGUCAGGUGGUCAGCUCUGCUACAGAGUCAAGCCAGCAAAGCUCCAGCAGCUGA